AUGGAGGCCGCGCAUGCCAGUGAUGACAAGCCGAAUGAGUCCAGGCGAUUGCAAAUGCAAUCGUGGGAGAUGCUGCCUGCUUACCUGAGUGAGCAUCUAUGGCAGCGGCUUGAAAGCGAAGAGCGCAACACCACGGCAGCGUUGGAAGAAGUGGUGACGCACGCUUUCAAAGUCGGAUUGCGUGCACCUUCCGAAAUGACCCAGGCUGUUUUGACGGCUAUUGUUGCGAUGAAGCAGCCGGAAGACCGCCGAAAGAAACUUUCAGGCGGUGGCCCAGAUCUCCGAAGCUUGUACCUGAAUGUCAAGGGCCACGUCCACACGAUUCUCAACCGCAUGAGAAGUGCUUCGCUACAUGAGUUGCCAGGUAAAGAAUACCUUACCUCCCUGCCUGCAGAUCCUACACAUGCAUCGGAGGCAUUGAGAUGCGCUGCAUUCCCACCGGCUGGGCAGCUUGUAAAGCCUAAGUGGCCCUUGAUGGACGCGCAGGGGUUGUCGAUGAAGGUUCCUUUGCGCUCGACUAACAAAAGUGCAACCCACAAGCCUGACUUUGUCUUGAUGGGCGCUGGUGCUGAGCAAAUGAUGGCAGCGACAUCACAGGCCAUGAUGAUGUUCAACGCCGCGUUUCAAAUGGCAGCUCAGCAGCGGCAAUCUUCAGUGCCAGUGACUUUGACUCCCAGACCUAAGCCGCUGGAGAACCUGCUCUCCAGAGCUGAAUCAAACACCAGUUUGCAUUCAUUGCUUGAGGCAACCUCGACCGGAGCUUUGGGAAGCAAGGGUGGCAUGAGCUUGCGGGAGAGCUUGGCCAGAAUGGAUGAUGCUCGAAAGGCUGCUGCUGGGGCUGGCACCAGCUCUUUAAGGGGAAGCCCUUGCAAACAGGGGAAAUGCUUCAAAAGGCCGAGCGCCGCGCCUGGUUCUGUCAAGGGUUCAGUCAAGGUCUCCAAGAAGCCUUCUGCGAAGACUUCUGCCAAGCCAAAGGCACAGAAGCCGAAAGGCGUUGCGAAGGCUGCUGUGAAAGGGCCAAGUCAAGCUGCCAAUCUGAAAUUCAAGAAGCUGAAGCAGCACAUUCCUCUGAAGCAGCUGAAUCUCUACCCUGGUGGCUGCGCACGGUGCCGGAAUGCCUCAUGGUGCACACCAUCAUGCUGGCGGCUGCGGGGAUUUAGCGUUCCGUAG